UAGCAAUAAUAAUAAUGGGUAAUAAAUCGUCAAGCAAUAUAAGUUCAUCAUAUCCCCAGCAUGAUGACCCGGCUUAUCGUAAAUGUCAGGAAUUAAAGAUGGAACGUUGGAUACAAAUGCACUAUCAAAUCAAGGAGCGUGAAGAGGCUAUACAAAUCGCCCGUAAUCGUGAAUUGUUCUAUUGGAUCAGUGGUUUCUAUUUGACUUCCAUGUUUGGCUGUAUUUCGGUGUACCAACGCACCCGUCGUCCAAUUUCAUUACUGCCCAUGGUGCCACUCUCCUUUGUUAUGGGCUAUUACGCCGAUUUGGCUUACGGCAGUAAAAUACAUCGUAUAAAAGCUGAAGCUAAUAUGAUAAUGGAACAUGAGUCCGAACUAUUGCAUUGGCCCGGCGGCCUGCCAACUGUGGCCACCAUAGAUGAAGGCCGUGUCGAGGCUGAGAUGGAAAAGAAAAUGCAUCCCCACCAUUCAUAGG